AUGCCAGCGAGUCGGAUUGAUUCACCUCCACUUGAGAAGAAGAACAAGUUGAAGCGAUCGAGAAACGAGUCUGACUUGAAUAAUGACGAGAGCAAGAAAAGAGGAAGACCUCGAUUAGAUACACAGGACGAAUCGAACGCUGAUAAACGAAGGUCGCAGAUCCGUCUGGCUCAAAGGGCCUACCGACAGCGAAAGGAGGAUACCAUUACUGAACUCCGUAAUCAAGUUGCAGAACUGCAGUCUACCAUUCAGUCGAUGAACCAAACUUUCAUCAACUUUUCCGAGAAAUGCUCUGCAACCAAUGCCCCACCUCCUAUGUUGGCAGAACUACAAAAUCUCGUUCAGAAGUACUCUGCUGGUCAGAGCCGAAUUGACUCGCUGAGUUUGAGUGGAUCUCCGGAGACUGGUCCUUUCGGGAUUGAAUCUACUGCAGGUUCGAGCUUCUGUGACAAGGAUGGUACGGACGCAAGCAGCAUCUCGCCUCGCACUGCAGUCAAGCAGACCACAUUCAGCCCGCUCACUACUCCCGUCGGCAUAACGGACCGCUCGGAGCACACUUCAAACAACCAAGUCUCAGUAUCCAUGCUACAGUCGCUUGGAAUUCCAGCUAGCUACAGCUCUUUUGAAAGGACGUUUGCUAGGAGGCUUCAUCGAGCGAGCUGUGAAUAUGCCUAUCGACUUGCUUGCGACCCCCCUCGAGCUCCCAUGCUCUUCAACAGCGUGUUCAGAUUGACCCUCAAAGCUGCUGGCAGCAUCGAUCGAGUCAAGUACAGUCUGCAGUCAACUUUGAGUCGAAGUACAAAAGAGCCGCUAUCCAACUGGGGCGUCACUUAUAUUCACGUCGGCGGUGCAGGCACCCAUUACCCCAGACCGCCCGAAGAAGGUGGUCUCAGUUACCAGUCGCCAAACUCGUGGGCUGUGACCACCGUCGGUCCGCAUAAGAUUGGUGGAUCUACUAUUGAAGAGGCUCUGACGGCAGAGAUGUUGCUGCGUGGAGUCAUGGGCAUGGAUGGCUCUUUUUACGAUGCAUAUGACGUCGAAGGUUACUUGGCUGAGAGAGGCAUAAAUCUGGAUCCUGCUGCAACAUACGCCCAGAUCGAGUUGCCUGACGAUGGCUCCUUCAGUCCGGGAUCUUCUGGGGCAUCAUCCCCUACGGACGUGGCUGCGUACGUGCAAAAUCUGAUAUCUUCAGCACCCGUCACUCGUCCAAACCACUCUCUAUGUUAUCCUGGUCUUCCAAAUCCAGGAUACAUGCGUCCACUUUCGGACAUGGUUCCUCACAGGAGGUCCCAUCCUGAGUCACAGCCGCAGUUUGUGCCGCAGAUUGAUGAGCGAAGAUCAACGGCUCCCCUUGUCGGCCAGCCGUAUGGAACUAUGCCUAUGACUGAUAGCAUGUACGCCUAUGUCUUGCAGCCAGUCAAAAAGGCUCGCCUCACUAUCGACGUUGGAAGAUUUAUCGAGGAAAUGACUCUGGCAGGUACAUGUUUGAUGCGAGCACCAGGGUACCGCCGCAAGGACAUCGAUGUUGCCUUGCGAAAAGCAGUAGUAUCAGCGCAUUAA